AACUGCAUAACGCAAUCCCAGGAUGAUUUCUUUUCCGUUGAAACACCCGAGAAAGAAAAUGGCGGAAAUCAAACCAGAGACCAGCAGCGACCAUCAACGCCUCGUCGUCGUGUCGGAACCCGUCGACCCGAAUCGGAAACUCACCGGAAGCAAACGACUUGCCUCUCUCGAUGUCUUCCGUGGUCUCGCCGUCGCUGGUUUCUGAAAUUGGAGUUGUGAAAAUUCGGAGCAGUUGAUGAUUCUGGUGGAUGACGCCGGCGGAGAAUGGCCGGCGAUUGCACACGCGCCCUGGCAUGGCUGCAACCUGGCGGAUUUCGUCAUGCCUUUCUUCUUGUUCAUCGUCGGCGUUUCCAUUGCUCUUGCUCUCAAGAGAAUUGGAAACAAAUUCGAAGCUAUAAAGAAGGUGGUUCUUAGGACAUGCAAGCUCCUCUUCUGGGGUCUUCUACUUCAAGGGGGCUUCUCUCAUGCUCCCGAUAGAUUAACGUACGGUGUUGAUGUGAAUAUGAUGAGGUUGUGCGGGAUUCUCCAGAGAAUAGCCUUAUCGUACUUGAUAGUCGCGUUGGUGGAGAUUUUCACAAUGGAUUCACGGAGGGAGAAUCUCUCGAAUGGACUGUUCUCGAUAUUCAAGUCAUAUUAUUGGCAUUGGCUUGUGGGCGCAACUGUUCUUGUCAUUUAUCUGGCUACGCUUUACGGAACUUACGUACCGGACUGGCGAUUCAUUGUAUACGAUAGAGACAGCAUUCUGUACGGGAAAACUCUCUCUGUAUUGUGUGGUGUGAGGGGAAAGCUUGAUCCUCCCUGUAAUGCUGUUGGAUAUAUCGACAGACAGCUUCUGGGGCUCAACCAUAUGUAUCAGCAUCCAGCAUGGAAAAGAUCCAAGGCUUGCACCUAUGACUCCCCUUAUGAGGGGCCUUUACGUAAAGAUGCGCCUUCAUGGUGCCAUGCGCCAUUUGAGCCAGAAGGAGUGUUAAGUUCCAUAUGUGCUGUUCUGUCUACAAUCAUCGGAGUUCAUUUUGGACAUGUUAUCUUACACUUCAAGGGUCAUUCAGCUCGGUUGAAGCACUGGAUCUCCACUGGUAUCGCUCUCCUCGUUCUCGGGCUCACCCUGCAUUUCACCCACCUGAUGCCCUUAAAUAAACAACUCUACAGUUUCAGCUACACUUGCGUCACUUCUGGAGCAGCGGCCCUCGUCUUCUCCUCAUUUUAUGCUCUGGUCGACAUAUGGGGCUGGAAGUACGUGUUCCUGCCAUUGAAGUGGAUAGGAAUGAACGCGAUGCUCGUGUACGUGAUGGGAGCUGAAGGCAUCUUUGCCGGUUUCAUCAACGGCUGGUACUUCCGCAAUCCAAGCAACACUCUGACAAAUUGGACCAGAGAGCACGUUUUCAUCGGAGUGUGGCAUUCGAGGAGAGUGGGUGUGCUUCUAUACGUCAUUUUCGCAGAGAUUUUCUUUUGGGGUCUCGUCGCCGGAGCUUUCCACCGGUUCGGGAUCUAUUGGAAGCUCUAACUGCUGAAACUCGUCUCUCUAUGGAAUCUACCACCAAACCUUGUGUAUGCUUUCAUAUAUACAAAAAUAUCCUAAUUUAUCAC